CCUGGGCCCGGCCCUCGGGCGGUUGGCCGCGGCAGGCUGCGCCGCGAGAAGGGCACCCGUGGGAGAGGAGGACGCAGGGCGCUGCGGCGGGGGAAAGUGACGAGCUGCCCUUCGCUGUCUGCCAGGCGCGCGCACGCAGCCGCCCUCCUCCGGCCGCCCACCGUCGCUCGUUGGCGGAGAUGUCAGCCGCCGGCGCCCGCGGCCUGCGGGCCACCUACCACCGGGUCCUCGAUAAAGUGGAGCUUAUGCUGCCGGAGAAAUUGAGGCCGUUGUACAACCACCCGGCAGGUCCCAGGACAGUUUUUUUCUGGGCUCCAAUUAUGAAAUGGUUUGUGUUUUAUUUAGAGCUAAGAAUCAUUACUCAUGAGGCUCCUUCCUUUCUGUGUGUUACUGUGCGUUUCCAGGGGUUGGUGUGUGCUGGCUUGGCAGAUAUGGCCAGACCUGCGGAAAAGCUCAGCACGGCUCAGUCUGCUGUGUUAAUGGCUACAGGGUUUAUUUGGUCAAGAUACUCACUUGUAAUUAUUCCCAAAAACUGGAGUCUGUUUGCUGUUAAUUUCUUCGUCGGGGCAGCAGGAGCCUCUCAGCUCUUCCGUAUUUGGAGAUACAACCAAGAGCUAAAGGCUAAAGCCAAUGAGUAAGAGUGCUGACCACCAAACAAACAGUCUAGUGUCCACAGCCACUGGGACCUACUUUGAUUUAUUAUUUGAUUAUGAUAAGGUGAUAUUAACAGCUAAAGCUUGGAAGGCAUAUGAGAAAUCUAACUGUACCUGAGGAGCUGGUAUUUGAUUCAAUAGAAAAUAAAGCAAACUUUUAAUAAUGUCUCUUUA